AACCUACCUUUUUCUUGUUGUAAUUAAUUAUUCUUAGCUAGUCAAAAGCUUUGGAACAGAUAACAUCUCUUUCUCAUCCAUAUUUCAGAAAACACAAAUUUUCAUUUUGCGUCUCUUACUCACUGGAACUGAUCGAUCGACAAAGUCUUCAUAUUUUUUGAACUCAACUGGAAAUGAGUUGAUGCCUGCAGUCAACACAACUCUGUAUAUAAAGAUGGGGAAGCUUUUUGGAUCAUCUUAAAAGUAGACCAGCAAUCAUCCAUGUUUUCGUAUACAUAAGCUCCGCCAAACACCUUGUUCUUCAUGAGUUUCGAUAGCUCUGUUUUCAAUAUUUGAGGAGCAGUUCGAGCUAGCUUGAUGGAGUAGAUUGUGCUCUGUUUUCCAACUCUUACUCGUAGUGUUUUUCAACUCACUACAGUACACUCUCUCUUCCAGCAAAUUGGUAUAGGCGCGACAAAUUGGCUCUGCGACAUCUGCUCUGCUUCCGAUCUUAGCUAAAGUGGUUAUUAAAAGUUUCAACAUGAGUAAUGAUCGGGCUUGGAUGUACCAAAGGCUAGACAAUAAAGGAUUUUUAAAUCCAAUUUUUCUAAACGGAUUAGAAAAUUUUAUACAGUAUGUUAUAUCUCAGCCUUCAUCUAUGAACGGUACAAACAUUAAAUGUCCUUGUUCGAAGUGUAAGAAUUGCAGAUUCUGGGAUGCAGAGACAAUAAAAGUACACUUAAUGAGCAAGGGGUUUGUAAGAGAUUAUUAUGAAUGGAAUCGACAUGGAGAGCCAUACAUAUUUAGACAAAGUGGAGAACAAUCAUCCACAUAUGUCUCUGAUACAGAAGAAAGAAGAGAUGGGAACAACCUGAUGUAUAACAUGGUGAUGGAUGCUGCUGGUCCAAGUUUUGAUCCUGAAAUGCCAAAUGCGGAAGCACAAAAAUUAUAUGAUAUUUUAAAAUCAUCCGAGAGAGAGUUGUAUGAAGGUUGCGAAACUUAACAAUUGGCUGCCAUGGCUCAGAUGUUGAGUUUGAAAUCGGACCAUCAUUGGUCAGAGGCAUGUUAUGAUCAAACCUCACAAUUCUUCAAAGGCAUCUUGCCUCAGGAUAAUUCAUUUCUUGAUAGCUUUUACAACACAAAGAAGUAUAUGGAAGAAUUGGGACUUCCUUCUGAACAGAUUGAUUGUUGUGUUAAUGGUUGUAUGCUAUAUUGGGGGGAUGACAUCAACAUGGAGGAGUGUAAAUUUUGUUCACAUGGAAGAUACAAAAUAAGAGCCAACAAAUCAAAAAAGGAAAAGAAGAAAAUGGCUGUUAAGAAGAUGAUCUAUUUUCCAUUGGCACCGAGAUUACAAAGGUUGUAUGCUUCUCCGACGACUGCAGCUCAUAUGAGAUGGCAUGCCGAACAUUAUCAGCAAGAAGAUGUGAUGCGUCAUUGUUCGGAUUCAGAAGAGUGGAAGCAAUUUGAUAGAGCACACCCGUCAUUUUCCUCAGAGAUACGAAAUGUAAGACUUGGACUUUCUACUGAUGGGUUUCAACCAUUUGGUGAAAUAGGUAGACAAUAUUCUUCCUGGCCAAUUAUGGUGACUCCAUAUAAUCUGCCCCCCUGGAUGUGUUCGAAAGAACAAUACCUGUUUCUAUCUGUACUCGUGCCUGGACCAAAAAAUCCAAAACAAAAGAUAGAUGUUUUUCUCCAACCAUUAAAUGCUGAGUUAAAAAUGUUGUGGGAAGUUGGAGUGGAGACAUGGGACAAUUCUUCGCAACAAAAUUUUCGUAUGCGGGCUGCAUUGAUGUGGACUAUCAGUGACUUCCCUGCUUAUUCAAUGUUGUCUGGAUGGAAAACUGCUGGUCAUUUAGCUUGUCCUCAUUGUGCUCAUGAUCAUGAUGCUUAUAAUCUUUCGCAUGGUGGAAAGACCACAUGGUUUGAUAAUCAUCGAAAAUUUCUACCUGCCAAUCAUCCAUUUCGAAGGAAUAAAAAUUGGUUUACCAAGAGAAAGACAGUGAAUGAAUCUGCCCCACCAGUGCGAACAGGAGAGGAUGUAAUACAAGAAAUUGAAUCACUUGGUUUGAUGAAAAUUACUGAGUUGGGAAGUGAUGAGCACAAUGCUAAAGUCAUCAAAGCUUACAACUGUGGAUGGAAAAAAAGAAGUAUCUUUUGGGAUUUGCCAUAUUGGAGGACAUUAUCUAUUAGACAUAAUCUUGAUGUUAUGCAUGUUGAGAAAAAUGCAUCUUGAUUGCACCAUAUACUGAGAUUUUCAUAAAUCAACUUCGGGAGGGCAAUCCACAUAUAACUAGUGUUGAAGUUGAUCGGUGCUUAGAAAGUGAUUUUGCCAUGUGGUUUAAACAUUAUGCUCAAGAUCCAUCAUUAGUUCCAAAUGAAUACAUUCGAGAUAUCUCAUUUGGACCUCUUCGUUCGGUAAAGUUGGUACCUAUUUAUUAUGUGAAUGGGUACAAAUUUCAUACCCGGGAAUAUGGAUCUGAGAGGUCAACAUUCAACAGUGGUGUAUGCAUUAAGGGAUCAAACUAUAGCGAGACAUUUGAUGAUUAUUUUGGAAUAGUUGAAGAGAUUUUGAUUGUCGAGUAUCCUCGUUUCCCAAUCAAGAAAACAGUUUUGUUUAAGUGUGAAUGGUUCGAUCCUACACUUAAUGUUGGAACAAGAGUUCAUCCACGUUAUAACAUAGUUGAGGUCAAUAAAAGAAAGGGAUUGAGUGUGUAUGAGCCAUUUAUACUAGCAAUGCAGGCCAUGCAAGUUUACUUUUGUAAUUACCCAAGUCUUAGACGAGACAAAGUUGAUUGGUUAGUUGCAUGUAAAGUGAAGGCUCGACCACUUGUAGAUCUUCCUCAAAUCCCUAUAUCACAUCAAGAACCGUUUCAGGAUGAUAUUUCUACACAUUUAAGUGAUAUUAGUACAAAUGAUAUUCUUACUCAUCUAAAUGAUGAGAGUGGAGUUGGAGUAGAUUUAGAUGAUGAUGAUGGAACUUCGGAAGAAGAAAUAGAAUAUGAAUCCGAAGAAAACGGGUCUUCACAUUCUACCAGAAAUAGUAAAAAAAUCCGAUGAUGGUUAUUCUGAUCCAUCAGAUUUAUUAGUUUUUCUAAACCAUCAUGUAUGGCCCAAGAAAAAGAAAGCAGCGGGCUUGACAUAUAAUUAGGGUUUAUUUAUCUCUCUCUCAAGCGGCAACGAAAAGUGGCGAUCGAAUCUGGUGUGUAAAAAGGGCGACGAGCUUGGUCUGGGAUCUAAGGGUUGAUGAAGAUGAAAAAACUUGCAUCUAUAGUAACUCCAAACAAUACAGAGAUGGCCUUAACAAGUGAAGUAAAUCAAGCUGCAAGUCUGGAUGAUGAGGGUAAUGGUGUUAAGAUUGAUGGAUUUGCUAAAUUUUCUAGUCCAAAGAAACACAAUGGGGAUGCAGGUCUAGAUGAUUAGGGUUAUGAUGGCUUUUCUAAGGUAAACUUUUUCUAAGUGAACCCCUCCGGUAGUAGCCAGCUAGCUGAGAAACACACUGAUAUAUUGGUUUUGGCUAGCCUGGUUGUCAUGUACUCAUGUGUUUAUUUAAAUAUGUUGUGAUUUGACUAUUUUGGUCUCAGUUGAAGUUAAGUUUGCUAGUACUGUA